UUUACGCGCAUCUGGACGCGCGCCUCUCCCCGCGUCAAACCCGCACGGACGGAUCAUGCGGUCUCCGGGGGUCUUCAUCGGUCUACGGAGCUGCUGGGUCACCGACGGGAUUCGGUAAUACGAAAAACCCGCUCCAUCCUACCCCACACCCACGCGGACUGAAUCUGGGUUUUGCGCACUUGGCGAUCCGGCGGUCCCUCCAGGCGCUGCCGCCGCUGCAUUCAUUCGGGAGCGAGCGUGCGCGUCCCGGUUCCGCGAUGCCUCCGCGUCCCCUGCGCGUCUGAUGCGUCCUCCCGCACCGGCAGCAGCAUGUCCUCGCGGAAGAUCUCCUCCGAAUCCUUCAGCUCCAUGGGCUCGGACUACCUGGAGAGCCCCGGGGAGGACGGAGAGUGCCCUUUCUCGCGCGUGUUCUGGAACGGCCGGAGUCCGGUGGAGACGCUCUCGUGUCCGUUCGAGGACGCGGCGGUCAGCAGGAGAGUCGCGCGGCGCAAACGCGUCAAUCUGGACUCGCUUGGGGAGAGUUUGAGACGCCUCACCUCACCGACGACCCCGACUAUUCAGCAGGCCCUGCAGAGAACAGUGGAGUUUUACAGACAGAGGGAAAUCAGUGGACAGGAGUUUGUGCGAAACUUGUCAGACGAGCAGAAGUGUUUGUUCGAGAACUCGCGCUGCGACAGCCAGACCGACAUCUCAGGAAUACUGAAAUACACAGCAACUAUUUUAGGCGUUGACUUUGCUGCCAUCCGUGGCCGAUUUGGUGAGGAAUUCUUCGGUUUGUGUCUAGAGGAGAAUGAAAGAGUCCUGCGAGCCCUCGGCGGAAACCUGCAGGACUUCUUCAACGGUUUCGAUGCUCUUCUGGAACACAUCCGAACAUCGUGUGGCCGCCGAGCUUCAUCCGAGGCGCCUUCAUUCCUAUGCAAAGAUGCUCCUCAGGAGAACGAAGAAACGAAUGCGGAGAGUGGAGCAGGACGAACUCUAAUCCUCCACUGCUUUAAUCCUGACCCAACAGUGGGUGUGGCCAUGCCGGGUCUAAUCCGAGCUGCCGCCCGCCGCAUCUACCAAUCAGAAGUCUCUGUGGAGGAAGCCCCACCCACAUGGCUUCACACUGCAAAUGAGGAUGGCGAGCUCUCAGCAGACUCCUCCCCCUCAUCAUCUCCAUCUCCUCCCUCAUCUUCGUCUCCAGCAUGUCUGUCGUUCCUCAUUCGAGAAGUUCGUACUCCUCCUACAUCAUCGUCUCGAUCACGCCAGCUUUCACGCUCGCCGCUCGAUCUGCGCAUCGGUUUGAGCACGUUUUGCCGGGCUUUUCCGUUUCACCUGGUUUUGGGAUCCAACAUGGAGGUUCUGCAGGUUGGGGAGGGACUCCGGAAACAAGCCAAGACUGACCCGCACCGGACGCUCACCUUCAGCAACAGCUUUGAACUGGUGUCUCCUAGGAUUCCCUGCUCUUUCCAGAACAUUCUCUUGCGCCUCUCCACACCGUUCACCAUUCGUACUCGACCAGAGGGAUCGGCACUAGACUGCAGAGAGAAGGUGAUGGAGUUGAAAGGGCAGAUGCUUCACCUCCCCGAAUCAAACUCCAUCAUGUUUCUAGGCUCGCCCCGUGUCGAUAGGCUGGAAGAGCUGAUGGGGCGGGGCUUACAUCUGUCUGACAUCCCUAUUCAUGAUGCCACACGUGAUGUCAUUCUGUGGGUUGGAGAACAGGCCAAAGCUCAGGACGGACUGAAGAAGCGGAUGGACAAACUGAAAGCCACGCUGGAGAAAACGCACCAGGCUUUAGAGGAGGAGAAGCGGAGGACGGUGGACCUGCUCUACUAUUUUCCCGGUGACGUGGCUCAGAGACUUUGGCAGGGCCUUCCGGUUCAGGCCAAGAAGUUUGAUGAUGUCACCAUGCUGUUCUCUGACAUCGUGGGCUUCACGGCCGUGUGUGCGCAGUGCACGCCAAUGCAGGUCAUCAGCAUGUUAAACGAGCUCUACACGCGCUUCGACUACCAGUGUGGCAUACUGGACGUCUAUAAGAUUGAAACUAUUGGCGACGCGUACUGCGUGGCGGGCGGGCUCCACAGGAAGAUUGACAGCCAUGCUAAACCAAUCGCACUCAUGGCGCUGAAGAUGAUGGAGCUGUCAGAGGAAGUGCUGACGCCUGAUGGGAAGCCAAUCAAGCUGAGGAUCGGGAUUCACUCGGGCUCAGUGCUGGCUGGUGUUGUGGGUGUGAUGAUGCCACGCUACUGUCUGUUCGGGAACAACGUCACGCUGGCCAGCAAGUUUGAGUCGGGCAGUCACCCGCGCUGCAUCAACGUCAGCCCUACUACAUACCAACUCCUGCGUGACGACCGCUCAUUCAACUUCAUCCCUCGCUCCAGGCAGGAGCUUCCCGACAACUUUCCCAAAGAGAUCCCGGGAAUCUGCUAUUUCCUGGAGGCGGGGAAAUCCCAAAGCCACGCCUCUCUCACCAGCACUCGCUCCGCCCCCAUCCGCAAAGUGUCCUAUAACAUUGGGACCAUGUUUCUACGGGAGACUAGCCUCUGAGACGGCCCCGCCCAUCCGCUUUGGCAUCACGUCCUGUAGACUAGUGUUGCCUGUGGCAACUGGUUGCCCCGCCUCUCGACCGGAGCUCUGGCCUCAGAGGCGUGCAGUGACUCAGAGGGGGCGGACACAGUGGCCCCGCCCUAGUCCCGCCUUUUAAAGGAGCCAUGGAUAAUUGUGUGAAAAUACAAUAAAUACGAAUAUAUAUAUAUAGAUAUAUAUAUUUCAAAUAAAGCCUUCUGCUUAACGGCAUAGCCAAACGACGACAUACAUGAUGUAUACAUGCAAAUACUACAGACAAACUCAUGUAAACACACAUCUCUUGCAGCAGUGCAGGUAUUAGAAUUCACAUGCAUAACUUGGUGCCUUUACCUUUCAAACACACACACACACACACACACACACACACACACACAAGCACACCAUACCUGCCAACACUCCCGGUUUUCCUGGGAGUCUCUCGGAUUUCAGACCCAUCUCCCGCCACCCUCCCGUUUUGUUAUUUCUCCCAGAAAACUCCCGUAAUUUCACCCUCUCCCCCUCCCCUGGUUCUCAGCUUUUUGAUCGUCGACUUUGGUAUAGUAUCCGAUCGCAGUGGCUGCCCGAAACCCGGUGCAUAGUACAGUUACUCAACACCUAGACCCCAAUCCCCCUCCCCCCUGGUCUCCCGGAUUUUCAGAAACAAAUGUUGGCAGGUAUGAAGCACACACACACAGACAUGCGCGUUUCAUAAACACAUUUUACACACACCGCCAUUAACCACUGUUAAAUGCUUUAUGUGUGUGUGUGUGUGUCCUAUAUUGACCAUAGAUAUAUUCCUAGUGUUUGGGUGUUAGAUUGUGUGCGUGUGUGUCUGUGUGUGUUUGCACAGGUUUUGUAUGUAUGCGUACGGGAUGUGCUCAGUCAUUUCACACAUUUCACAUCUGUGGCAUGGUUUUAAUUUGGAUAUACACUGCGAAUUUCUUUAUUUGAGCAAUUAUGAAACCAUUAAAUUAUGAAAAAUAUUGAAUCUUAAUUAUGAAAUAAAGACAUUUCCUUGAGAAGCUUAAUGACAAAAAUGUAUGGUGGCCUUUUAAAAGUUUAAUUAAUUAUAAAAAUAACACACACAUAUAUAUACACUACCUGACAAAAGUCUUGUCGUCAAUGCCAGUUGUAAGAGCAACAUAUAAUAACUUGACUUCUAGUUGAUUAUUUGUAAAAGUGUCAGAAGGUCGAUUUUUCUGCUGAAUCAUCUGUUGAUCUGCAUCCCAAUCAUCACAAAUACUGCAGAAGACCUACUGGAACCCACAUGGAGCCAAGAUUUUCACAGAAGUCAGUCAAGUUUGGUGAAGGAAAAAUCAUGAUUUGGGGUUACAUUCAGUAUGUGGGCGUGUGAGAGAUCUGCAGAGUGGAUGGCAACAUCAACAGCCUGAGGUAUCAAGACAUUUGUGCUGCCCAUUACAUUACAAGCCACAGGAGAGGGCAAAUUCUUCAGCAGGAUAGCGCUCCUUCUCUUACUUCAGCCUCCACAUCAAAGAUCCUGAAAAUAAAGAAGGUCAAGGUGAUCCAGGAUUGGCCAGCCCAGUCACCAGACAUGAACAUUAUUGAGCAUGUCUGGGGUAAGAUGAAGAAGGAGGCAUUGAAGAUGAAUCCAAAGAAUCUUGAUGAGCUCUGGGAGUCCUGCAAGAACACUUUCUUUGCCAUUCCAGAUGACUUUAUUAAUCAGUGAUUUGAGUCAUUGCAGAGAUGUAUGGAUGCAGUCCUCCAAGAUCAUGAUGGAGUCAGACACAAUAUUCAUUCUGUUUCCACUGCAGCAUGACCACAUAUUCUACACUGGACAUUAUUUCUGUUAAGUGACAAAACUUUUGUCUAAGCAAAGUCAGACCUUACUGUUAUGAUUAAAUAAUUACAAAUCAAGGCAUGAUUAUAUAUUAUUUUUGGUAAAAUAAGCGUAAUCUAGAGGCCUUUGCCUUUCAUAUAAGCCACUUCUGAUACCAAAUGAUCAACUAGAAGUCAAGUUAUUAUUAGCUGUUCCUAAAACCUAGAUAGCCUACAAGACUUUUGUCAGGUAGUGUAUAUAAAAAAAUAAAAAAUACUCAUUUAUACUUUGCUACAAUACCCUAUAUAAACCUCUAGUUUUCACCCAUUUUUCAGCAAGAAAAUUGUAAUAAUUUAAAAUACAAUAAUUUUCAGCAUGUUCGCUAAUUUUUCUAUAGUUUCAGUAUAGGUUCGAGGAAUUGAUUUAUUUAGUUUUUACAGAAAACAGAAAAAAUAGUCUUUAUUCAGUGAAAGAAGAAGAUGUUUAUAAGAAUACACUACCGGUCAUGUUUGGGGUCAGUUUUAUUUUUUAAAUGUU